AUGGCACUAUAUCGUUUUCAUGUGCAGAAGAUCAGCGGCCACUCUGAAGGUUGUGAAUUCCAUCACAUACCACGGGCGAAGAACGAGGUUGCCGACACUUUGUCCAAGCUAGGUUCAAUGCGGCAGGCCAUCCCUGCCAGCAUCGCGUUGGAACAUCUGCGUAAGCCGUCACCAGAAUCGGAGUCGAUAUUCGUUCCGGCAAACUCGGAAGCUAACGUCACUCCAAUGGAUAUAGACAGUGGCAGUGGUUCCGGCAACCCGGGGACUGAGCGCCCUAACUCGGUUGAAGCAAUGUCGAUUGAACCAAUGGAGGUAGACGAGCCAGUUUUCAUGACUCACCUUGUGCCGACUUGGGCACAACCAAUAAUGUCGUACCUCAAAGAUGGAAGUCUGCCGGAAGAGGAAGUGUCGGCAAGGCAAAUUCAGAGAAGAGUAAAGGCAUACACCAUUAUUAACGGCGAGCUAUACAAGAGAAGUGUCACUAACGUUUUACAGCGUUGCGUCGAGCGAGAGGAGGGACAAGAAAUCCUCCGGGAUAUUCACCAAGAGGAGUGUGGCCAUCAUGCAUCCUCAAGAACGUUAGUGGCCAAGGCAUUUUGGCACGGGUUCUACUGA